AAAGCUCCGGACAUGAAAGGACAGCCCGUCCCAGAUGAGCAGGCCUGCGACCAUGGCAUUACGCGCAUGUCACACCUUGAACCUCUUCCAUGAUGUGUGUCCUUGCUGCGCGACUGUGGCCCUAGAACAACGUCGAAGACCGACCCCGCAUAUCGAGCGUGGUGAAGACUACAUUCAUAUGCGUGAGCGUCCUGCGUCUCCGGCGUCUGUAGACCACAGAUAAUGAGUUCUAUGGAACGUUCCGAGCCUCGUGAGCUUGGAAUAGGGUUACUCCCUAUAUCGGCAUCGUAGACCGCCAUUGCUGCCCCCUGCGGCUGUGCACGACCUCCUUGACUCUUACGCCCACUGAUCUAGAUGCCUGCGACGACUCACUCACUGCUUCGCCGGCUAUAUGCUGUAUGGCGGUAUAUCCUCUCCUGCAGGCCUCUUCGACAUCUGGCACGGCCUCUUGCCUUUCUCCGAUUCAUAUGGCGAAGCUAUGCCAGGGAUAAUGCAGAAGUACUGCAGUCUCGUAGGAAGAGGGGCGAUGGCUCUAGCGAACAGGGCGCUCUAGCAAGCGACGGUGGAUGCAUGUCCACCAAUAGCCCGUCAAUGGUGGUACAUGCUAGCAGUGAGCCUGCUACGUACCCCUCGCUACGGAACGAGCACGCUCUGUCCUCGAGCCAUCCACCUUCCCAUAACGCCAUAUCCAGAUUGCCCCGGACGCCCCACUGGGACCCGGACGCGGAGUCGUUGGGGAGCGACAGGGGAAGCGGGCCUUAUUCGUUCACGGUGGAAACUGCGUCGCAAGAAAGCGUCGUGUCGUGUCAACGAACCAGCGCUGACGGCGAUCAUCUAUCCAUUACCAUGUCUCGUCCGUCGUCCCGUGUGUCGAUGCGCACCAGGCACGACCGGCUUUCUCGCCAUAUUACACCCUCCGAUUCUCGUCGGCAGCCUUCGAGAGCUAGAGAGAAGAGCCGCUCACCGAGGCAGACUCCGGCGGCAUCUCCCUCCCACUCAACUGCGUCUCUGACGCUACAGAGCAAUGCCUCGUCCGUUGACCAGCAUAAUGUAGCCCUACCUGCUGGCGAAUCGAUGCGUCCGAGACGGUGUCAGAAGAUGUAUCCUGUCGUCCAAACAGCCAGAUAUGAUAGGCCUAAGUAUUCGAAAGAAAUGGAGCAUGCAUUUGAAGUGAAACCGAUGAAGAUGUCCUAUGAGAUGUACGUCAACGUUUCCCGAAAGAUGCAAUGUAACCCCUAUAGAAUGUAUGGCGUCUACAGGCCAGGUCUUCCAGUCGGGUGGGAAGUACACACUCACCCAGAAGGCACUCGAUACUUCUUCAGUCGAGCUCGGGUGCGUUUUUUCCUUGCGAAAGCGUGCCCCUGACCCACUGUUCUGUGCAGAGGAUGUAUACGGAAGCAUGGAUCUAUGAUCCACUUAUCUUAAAGGAGAUCGAAGACUUCGCUCAUCGGCUCUGUGAAGAAAUACAGAAGAAUGGUUUCGCCUUGCCAUCAGAUG